GUAAACAAUGAAAUAUUAAAAUGAUCUGAUCUUUAAAACGCUGCUUGUGUUACAUUAUACUGUCACCAGUGUAUGAACCGGACUGGGACCAGUAUGUCUUCUGCUCGUGCUCUUUGUCCUCGUCAUAAAGACUCGUCUGGUAAACAGCUGCUCAGAUUUGCUUUUGGACCGAGAGCAGCAGAGGAGAAAGAAGAGAUGACAGGUUUCCUCCGUCUUGAUACUGCUGCAGGACAGAAUCAUUAAAACACUCAGAUUAUCAUCUUCAUCUCCCUGUGAGUGGCUCAGUGUCUCAGACUGGCUCUGAUCUCAGAUAAGCAGGACGCUGCCUCAUGAACCUGAGAGGGCCGAGGUCAAAGAUCAGAGACAAAAGCUCUGACCUCAGAUGAACUGUCUGGAAAGUCUGGAGCAGAAAUCAGUCUCUGAGGUACGAGGUGAACUUCAGCUCAGCUGUUCAACCUGUUGUUUGAGGAGAGAAACAGGAAGUUAAAGUGAAAACAAAUUCUGAUGCAACACGCUUUUCUCACGACAUUUAAUCUCGACCGACUCAAGAGGUUCCGUCCUGGAGAAUCUGAAUUUGUGAGGUUUUAAAUGAGAUCCAGUGGUUUUGCAGCUGGUGUUGUUGUGGAUGUGAACAUAUGAUCCAGACAGUGUCAGUGAUCCAAGCGUCUGUAACCCAGAUCAGCACAAAACACGUCUGUACAGGACGAGUAACUUUAGACCAGAAUACACCGAAUUUCUGUCUUUUCUAUAUUUCUUUUGAUGCUAAAGUUACAGGAAACUUGAAACAAGCGGAUCUUCUGGGAAACGGGACAAAGAGACGUCGUGAACAAAGAGGAAGAACCGAUGUAAACUAAAACUUAUCGUGAUUACACUCGUCCGCGGGUUCAGGAUAAAUACAGGAGGAUGAACCCAGUCAGUGUCGGAGGUGAAGUUCUGAGUCUCUACAGAAUAAAAGACUUCCUACAGCUGCUCCUUGCCCAGACUCCCUCUUCAUCGUCGCCCUCGUCUUCAUCAGCAGCACGAUGAAGGUGCUCAGUGUGUGUCUCACCCUCUGUCACCUUUUGACCCCGACUCGCUCCGUCCCGCUCAACUCCAGCUCCCCGGCGCUCAAGUCCCCGGGCCUCUGUGAGUACGAGAGGAUGCAGUGCUCCGGCCUCCUGGGCUCCUUCUGCCCCCAGUGCGACGCCAAUGGGAACUUCCUCCCACAGCAGUGCUGGGGCUCCACUGGGUUCUGCUGGUGUGUGAACGUCUUCACCGGGGUGGAGGUACCGGGCACCCAGACGGGCCCGGGGGUGGACCCUGCAGACUGUGGCUCCGGGUUCUCCUGCCCCCCCGGCUGGAGCCACUACACCGGCUGGAACCCCGUCACAGAGCGGUGUUUCAAAUUCAUCGACACCUCGAAGAUGUGGGUUGAAGCUGAGAUCUACUGUCAGUUUGAAGGAGCCAACCUGGCGUCCAUCCACAGCCCCGAGGAGAACACCUUCGUCAUGUCUCUGACCCGAGGACACACCCACCACUUCCCCCCCACCUGGAUCGGGGGCGUGGCUCCCGUACUGCCCGGUCACUGGUUGUGGGUUGACGGCUCCAAGUUUGAGUACGAGAACUGGUUCAACCACCACGACAACAAUAACCCCAACCAGACCUGCCUGAAGAUGAACUACGGAUACGACUUCAAGUGGAUCUCCAACUCGUGCUCAGCUUCUUACCCGUUUGUUUGUUCCAAGUCAGUCUGAACUCAGUCGUCCAAUCAGGCUCCUUGGUGACAUGAAAGGUCGAUUUUAUAUAAACACAGUUUCUAUAGGUUCCUU